AUGGUUUUGUACGGUUUUCCUUCUGUUGGUAAAUCAACACUGUUGAGUAAUCUAGCUGGUGUUUAUUCAGAAGUUGCUGCAUAUGAGUUCACAACUUUGACCACAGUUCCUGGAUGUAUUAAAUACAAAGGGGCUAAAAUCCAACUUUUAGAUUUACCUGGUAUCAUUGAAGGUGCUAAGGAUGGUAAAGGUCGUGGACGACAAGUAAUUGCUGUGGCUCGCACAUGUUCAUUGAUUUUCAUUGUUUUGGAUGUUCUUAAACCAUUAAAACAUAAAAAAUUAAUUGAACAUGAAUUGGAAGGAUUUGGAUUAAGACUUAAUAAAUCGCCACCAAAUAUAGUUUAUCGACGAAAGGAUAAGGGUGGAAUAAAUUUACAAACCAUGGUACCGCAAAGUGAAUUGGAUUUAGAUACUGUAAGAACAAUAUUAUCAGAGUAUAGAAUUCACAACGCUGAUAUUACUCUUAGAUAUGAUGCCACAUCUGAUGAUCUUAUUGAUGUUGUUGAAGGAAACCGCAUAUAUUUGCCUUGUAUCUAUAUACUUAACAAAAUUGAUCAAAUAAGCAUAGAAGAAUUGGAUAUUAUUUAUAAAAUACCUCAUACAGUACCUAUAAGUGCUCACCAUAAAUGGAAUUUUGACGACCUUUUAGAAAAGAUGUGGGAAUAUUUGAAACUAGUUAGAAUUUACACCAAGCCUAAAGGACAGUUACCAGAUUACGGAUCUCCAAUUGUUUUACAUAAUGAAAGGAAAAGUAUUGAAGAUUUCUGUAAUAAACUUCAUCGUACCAUCGCCAAAGAAUUUAAAUAUGCUCUGGUUUGGGGAUCAUCUGUUAAACACGUACCUCAAAAAGUUGGAAAAGACCAUGAACUAGAAGAUGAAGACGUUGUACAGAUUGUUAAAAAAAUAUAA